AUGAUAGCGAGCAGAUUUUUCGCGUCUAUGCGGUUCACAAGGACCUGGCGACACAGCUGUGUUACUGAUCCUGUAAAGAGCUUCAGACUGUGGACCUGGCGUUUAUGUUCCUCUGUCUCAGGACACAGUAGUAAUAAUAAGAAUAAUAAUAAUAAACACAUGAGGGUCGUUAUGGAGGACGUGCUGCGGAGGACUGUGGCUCCAGUACCGAAUUAUGAGACUAGAGAUAAAUCCCCUCCACCUCCUGACUCCAACAGCCUGGACUUCAUCCACUACUACAGAAAUCUGGGGAAGGAGCAGAGACUCGUGUUCCUGGAAAUGCUGGCCAGGGAUUAUGGCGUGGAUCACAGAGGAGCUGCAGAGAUGGCAAGGAAACUGGUCGACAACCAGUUAAGGGACGUGGCUACUGUAUUACAGGCAGAAGACAGACUGCGUUACAGUUUAACUCCAAGAUACAAACAAUUACUGAACCACAUUAGCAGGGUGGAGGGAGGGGUGAAGUUUCUGGUGGACCUCCGAGCUGAUGUUCUUGACUUUACAUCCAAAGUUACUGACAGCUCGCACUUGAGGAACCUGAGGAUGGGUUGUGGUAUCUAUGUGGAUUUUCCUCCUGGUCUUAAAAAGAGCUAUUUAUCUGUAGUGGGUGAGAGACACAAGGAGUUCCCCUGUCUAAACAGGUACUGGCUGGCUGACUGGAUGGUGGUUGUCAUCAUUAAUAGCCUACAGUGCCAAAUGACAGCAGUGUUCAUCAUAAUGGGCAGCUCUUUGAAGGAUCUUAACAGCACUUUGAAGAGUCUCCUGUCUGAGUGGUUCUCUGUUGGGCUUCUCUGUUUAGAGAGGAUCACAUGGCAGUCCCCUUGUGAGCUCCUUCAGAAGAUCAGCCAAUAUGAAGCGGUGCACCCCGUGCGUAACUGGACAGACAUAAAGCGCAGAGUCGGACCUUACAGACGUUGCUACUCCUUCACACAUGCCUCCAUGCCCGGAGAACCUCUAGUAGUCUUACACGUAGCCCUCACACAGGAUAUAUCGGAUAACAUCCAGAGCAUUGUGAGAGAGUUCACCACACUGGAUGCAGUAGAGGAAGUGGACAAGAUCAAUGCUGCUAUCUUCUACUCCAUCUCCUCCACCCAGGCUGGUCUGCAGGGGGUGGAGCUCGGCAAUUACCUCAUCAAGAGGGUGGUGCGAGAGCUGCAGAGUGAAUUUCCUCAUAUGGCUCAGUUCUCCAGUCUCUCUCCUAUCCCUGGCUUUACGUCAUGGCUGCAGGGUUUCCUGGCUCAGUACAGGAAGGAGGGCUGUGUCACUGAGCUGUUCUCUGAACAUGAGUGGACGGAAGUGGAGGAGGCGACAGGAGCAGUUUCUGGUGCUGCUGCCCUCGAUGCCCUGCGUGCCCUCCUCGCAUCUGGAGACUGGCAUCGUUCUGAACGCUUGACACGUGCUCUGGAGCCAGUCCUGAUGCGUCUGUGUGCCUGGUAUCUGUAUGGAGAGAAACGACGCGGUUAUGCCCUCAACCCCGUCGCCAACUUUCACCUCCAGAACGGCGCCACCCUCUGGAGGCUCAACUGGCACGCCGAUACUAGCCCUAGAGGCAUCACCAACUCGUGCGGCAUCAUGGUUAACUAUCGGUAUUUCCUGCAGGAUACUGCCAUCAACAGCAAAACCUACCUGCACAACAAAGUCAUCACAGCCUCGGACCACGUCCUCAACCUCGUCGAACAGUUCCAGAAGAAAAGCAAACUCUGAACAAAUUAAUCAGACCAAUCCAAGUUUUACAAGAGGAGACAGCAAGCUUUGGACUCAUAAUUCCAGAAUGCAAUACAGUUAUACAGUCUAAUCUAAUCUAAUCUAAUCUAAUCUGAUAGUUGCACAGAGACAGAGUAACAGCAGAGAAUCUUGUUUAGCCAUGUUUAGCCAUGUGCAAGUUGAAAAGCACAAUGGUGAUGAAUUUGGAGCAUUCAAGACUUAUCUGUUUAAGUAGAGUGACUAAGGAGGGUGUCUCCAUCUAAAGUCUCUUUAGAUGGAGACAAGCUCCAACUGGGAUCUCCAAUACCUGGUAGUCGAACGGGAGGAUUUUCCCUUUGAGUUUACAGUCGGUACUGAAAGCUUCCCCAGUACCACUAUGAGAUUGAGUACUUGCUUAUUUUUCUCAUGAUUUUAAGCAUUAAGUCAACACACCAAAUGAUGGUUCUUAGCAACAAAAGCUUUCCGAAAGUGAACUGUAUUGAUAUUACUAUUAGACAGGUUAACUUUAUAAAAAAAAAGAAGAAGACAUGUUGUUUAAAGCAUGCAGGUUUUAUAUGAUGGAUUAUUUAGGUUUUUAAAUAGUUUGAGCUUCAGUUGUAAACACAAACUUAUCACAAAAUGUUCCAACAUGAUCCUCUUGUAGGUAAAAAUAGAAACAGUCCAGUUUUUCAGUCCAUUCACUCAUUUAAAAAUUUGCUUGUGUGGUUCCUUUCAGCACAAAUAACACAAGUAUUAUUUCACUGCAGACUUGUGUGCUUUUGAAAGACUAGGAGUAACGAGGUGAGGAGAAUCUAUCAGAGCCUGUCAUGUCCCUACUUCACAUUGUGCGUUUGUGAGAACGAGGCAGAGCGAGUGGGCGGAGCCUGCUGGAAGAAAUGAGGCUUUGAUUUCUUUAUUUCCGCGAUGUCCAUUAGGCUGAAACGUUCACACGUGUGUCAUGCCAGCCCUUAUUUAUUUCUCCUCAUAUACCAAGAGAAGUAUGGCGGGAUAAGUGAACAAUUUAUAAGAAUGUGUUUUUGCUUCUGCCUAGAUUUAUGUAUAUAUUGAUUCAUUUGUAAUAAACGAUGGUCUGCAAUCA